CAAGUCAACGUACCGGAAGUUGCCCGACCAGAAGAAGUCACUUAACUUCGUUUUCACCAUGUUAGUUGCAAUGAGAGCAACUCUGGAGGAGCCACGCUGUCUCGCCGUGACCGCCAGGAGCACCGUUUUUCUCUGAGACUGCAGCAGGUGAGCGUCUUGGUGAGAGAAUGGAUGGAGUCAGCUGGAGCACCACAAGGUCUCAGGAGUCGUUCAGCCGCUCCACAACAGCAGCAAACACACUGUCCAGACUCGCCAGCUUCAUUGCACGCGCCGAAACAAAACCACAAGCUCAAAACCAGCGGCAGCAACCAUCCCAGCCAUCCACAUAUGUUUGUCAGGAAUGUGGUAAGAGUUUCCCAUAUGCAGAAGAUCUGUUGCAGCAUCAGGAAUUAAAACACACACUGCCCAAGCCUCACAGAUGCCCCAGUUGUGGGCAGGAGUUCUCCCUGAGGUCGUCCUUACAACUGCAUAAAUGUGACCAUGAUGCCAUUCGAUGUGAGUGUUGUCAUGGGUCACGGCUUGGUUCUCCGUGUCCUGCAUGCACAACUCGGACAUCAACUCCUGGCAGGCUGCAGGAUAAGUCACUUCACCGACAGCCUCACCUCUUGGACAGCAAUCCUUAUGCAUGUGCGCCAUGUGGGAGAGGCUUCAGCCAGAAACAGGCCCUGCUGCAGCAUCAGCAGGCUGGCUGCAGUGAGCCACCAUCCCCUUCAAUAAUAGUCAAUGCUAGUAACCUUCCAGAUGACUCUCCACCAAUCUCAGAGGGUGACUCCACUCGCUCUGAUUAUUCAGACACUCCAGGGCCUAGUUGCAGAGCUUUUGAUGUGUGCCGGUUCUGUUCAAGAAACUUCAGGACUGAAGCUGCUCUGCAUCGACAUAUACAGAACAACCACGCAGAGGAGGAGGAAAACACCAAAGGAGACAGUGCUGAUGAAAAGGCAAGGAGUGCCAAGGUCAAUGGAAAACCAAAGGAACCAAAAUCCAAAAACAAGCUUCUGGAAUGUCGCUCAUGUGACAUGGUUUUCAGGAGCACGUCUAAACUGUAUGUACACAGAAAAGAUAAACACAGCAGACAGAAAACUAUCAGGAGAGAGCCAAGGCCAUCCAUCAAAAAGCGUAGGAAAGGAGACGCGUAUCCAUGUGUGGUUUGUGGCAAAGUCUUUUUCCAUCAUUUGUCACUUAGGGCACAUUACCGACGGCACACAGUCUCAAGCUUGCCUGACUUAGAAAACAGUAGCCCAUCUGUGGAAUGUGCCACGAAAGACCCCAACUCAUCAGAAAACAAACCAAAUAAUGUCAAAACAAAAUUAGAAGAUCAUAAGACAGUCAAGCCUGCCCCUGGAAAGCCUAAGAAGGUGUCCAAAGUCUUAACCAAUUUUGAUGAUGUGGGGACUUGUAGAAAAGUGCCUGAACUGGAGGAUGAACUGGAGGUGGAAGGGGAGUUUCCCUGCCCUUCUUGUGCAGAAGUUUUCUCUCUGCAGUGGCAGCUGAAGGAGCACGUGGAGCUCCACCAGUCCUCUGUCAGGAGGAGACAAUGCAGUGUGUGCGCUGACGAGAUGGACAACUGCAAAUGGCCAGGCUCGAAGAGGCAGAGACUGUACCACUGUGUGCCCUGUCAGCAGGGCUUCUCCGCACUGGACUCUUUCCUAGAACACUGUCAGGAGCACCUCCGGGCCCGAGUGGAGGAGGACAGAAUCUCCGAGGGUUACAACACACACCAGGUCAGCAAAGCCUGAGAUGGGGUUUCAAUGUCAUCAACUGCCUUUGAAGAGUUCGACAGCAGAGUUUGAAAUGUAUUUGAAAGUAACUAGUUCAAUGAAUUUGCAUUCAUCCUAUACCAACCCUGAUAUAUUAAUGUUCUCCAUGCCAACAUAUCAAGGGUUAAAGAGAUUAAGUUUUAACCCUCUUACUACAAAUUACAUGUGUUCUGUUUUCUCUGUAGCCAGGGUUCUUCAGUUCAGUGUGUUCACUGUGAAAAUGACUUUGUUUGAUUGGUCUUUGUAUUGAUCAGUGUUCGUCAAUGCAAACUCUUAAUUUGAACAUUCACAACCGGCAUGUUUGUGGGAUGUUCCACCAUAGCAGCUGUGUUGUAGUCAAAUCCAGAUGACACAAGUGUGGGUGUUUAAUGAAUGCUACACAAUCACUAGCCCAUCUAUUGGACAAAAACACAUUUACAUGUAUUGCAAUCCAACAGUGCUGCUAUAUAAUUAUUUGUAAAGUUAGCAUUUUUGGAACUGUUAAAUUGGGCACGAGUCUAUGCUGUUUGGCAGCAAAUUCUGGGAUCGUUCUUCAGUUUAUUAAAAUUAUAAAGUAACAGAUCAACUCAAUCCUUCAAGGGAAAGUUUUGGUCAGUGACAUUACAGUACAGUAACAAACGUGUGAUUGAUUGUCAUGCAAGUGAUGAAUUACUUGUUGGAAUCCCUGUUUUCAAAUACAUUUUUAUUUUUUGUAUCUUGAAUGCUAUUGAAGCCAAACAGUAGCGUGUUUCUGUAUCACAAAAGAUUACCUGUGUCCUCUGCUGUAUCUUUUUUUUUUUCCCCCCCCUCACUAUGGGCAAUAAUUGGUCACUGAUUGGCCGUAACUCUGUUCUGUCACUUGCUUUAUUUUCAGUUGUGUAUCUUUCUAGCACUGCUUUGAGUGUUAGAGGAGUGUAAAACAAAGUAAGGUUAAUUGUUAGUCAUGUUGAGCAUGAAAUGAGAGUUUCCAUGGCACAAAGGUGGCCCUCCUUUUAACUUGGCAACAUGUGCUGAAACGUACUCUCUGCUGGAAAAAGUUAGAUGUUUCACUUUAAAUCACCAGUAAAAAUGUCUCACCCUU